AUGCCCAAUAUCCCAUCCCCAUUCUGGGGCGCAAAGCCCAAGCCCAAGAAGGAUCCUGGCCGAGUGACCAGCACAGAAACUCACAUUCACUACGAGGGACACUCGAUGAGCAUAGACAUCGCCCUCCGCCCUCAUAGUGACACCACACCUCCCUCUGUCAAUUCCAAGGCCACAGUCGAUAAAGACUAUGACGAAUUUGUAACCAUGGCCAUCCGUAUCCACUCCCACCUAGUCGAAGAAUUCCAGCAUCACAAGGCCGCAUGGAGAGCCAAGGCCUCGGAGGAGUAUGGAUCCAAAGAUCGAGACAACGCUCAGCCUGGUAGUGCUCACCGGGGCGCCGAAGAUGUUCUCUCCGAAAAAGUCAUCUUCGGCCCGGACUGGGCGGAGCGUGAGGAGGUCCUGCAUCAGCUAGCGGCCGAGACUGAACGCAGAGAAGCUGAAUACGAUGCUUUGAUGCAGGAAUUUUGGGUGCUAGGCUUCUUUGAUAAGAAUGGAGAGGUCCAGAGCGGAGACGAGUUGGGAAAGAUAAGAUACCAGGAUUGGGGUGACGUGGAACCGGUCGAGGAGCAUUGGGAGCACAUCAAGGUGGAGGGUAUGAUGUACUGGGAUGACGGCAUGGGAAUGCGAUCCGGUGAAAGUUUUCCAGGUGACAGUUAUGACCUUGGAGAGGAUAGUCUUACGCAAGACACCGUUGAUAGUGUCUUGCGGUCUUUUGAUGGCCCAGCUGACGAAGAGAUGCCAGCUGAGAUGAGAGAAGGCUUUUCCGAGGUUUUGGAAGUUGAGCAAACAUCUUCCGUUUCUACCUCUACCAUUGGUGAAGGAUCCGAUGAAGGACAAAGUCCGGAUGGACGUGGUCCUGGGAAUGCCGCCGACGGAUCUCCUGGAGAAAGUCCAGACAGCUUCCCCGAUACCGGCACCCACGACAACCCAUCUACCGGAUCACCUCCGGGCGGCGCAGCCAACACCAAGAACACCAAGGACAAGGACGCUGCGCCGGACUCACUUCAAGCCAUGCCCAACCAUCCAGACACUCCCGCCCUUACACCCCAGUUCUGUUUCUCCACACUCGCAUUAAGAGAGUUCCUCCGGUUAUCCCGAAGCGCCAUCGACGACUCCAUCACACAGAACCUCAACGCCCUGCAAGAGCCGGAAAAACAACAAUUCGAUCCGGCGGCCGUGUCGCAACGAAUAGCCCGACCGACGCACCGGACGAUCGACGCGGAAAAGUGCCAGUCAUUCAAGGAAAAGGUGCUCUUCCCGUCGUGGAAGGCCCGAGGCGACGUGAUAUCCUACUGCGCCGCGGUGGCCACCAGCCCGGACCCCAGCGACCCGGACGCGGCGCUCAGGGAGGCGGAGCUGGCCAAGGACAAGGAGAGGGUCAUUGACGAGAGGUUAGAUCCUUACUCUGCGCGCUUCUACCCAAGGGAGCCGCGGACCGAGAGGCUGGCCAUUCUGCUGCGGCAGGAGCGUGGGGUGGAGAAUAUUGUCAGGACGCGGACCUGGGACAUUGUCAAAGAGAGGUGUCCUGACGGACAGUUCGAGACCUGGGAGGACGCUUUCAAUCGCUGGCAGAAGAGCAUGCGUGAGCGACCUUCUGCGGGUCUGCCCUCUCCUUAGUUUUGGAGAGGGGGAGGGAUACUGUCAUAUUCAUAGAGGGAUAUAUACGUGAGGUUAUUUCUGGCUGUUGUAUAUGUAUAUGUACGUGUACACAAGUGUACACCUCGACUCAAUAGAAAAGCAACUUUUUUUCUUCUCAUA